GUUCAUGACCGACGCUUUCGUGUGCAGAGGAGCCAGGCAUUCCGAUCUGGACCGCCUGGCUCCAAUGCUGUCCGAUGCCUUCUCUCGCUCGGCCAUCGUCAUAUUCCCCCGCGGCCACACCGAGGACAGCAUUGCCUUUCGACGAGGCGAGCUCGAGCAGUGGUAUUUGCAAUGCGACACCGAGAUGGGACCAGGUCAUGCGGGGACAGAUGCUGGUAGUCGUCGAUUCAUGGUCGUGUGUAGGAAGGGUCAAGAGGAUGAGCCUGUUGGCUUCUGCCAUUACGAAAGGGUCGAGCCCGGAAUGAAGCAUGUGACGUGGGCAGCUGAGAUGCCCGAGAUGCCGCCCUUUCCUCAAGGUGGAGACAAGGAGCAGUACUAUCUCUGGAAGGACAUGAUCUACGAGACCAGAAGAGCAGUGGUAGGAGACCGCCUUCAUGCCAGUCAGUCCCGGCGUCCGCGGCUUUGCACACUAGCUCCUCACGCUCACCGCUCCUUCUCCGCUGCACCUUGCUCAGAUGCCCCUAUAAUGGUAGUCGAUUCCGCCAUUCGCGGCAAAUCCAACUAUGCACGCCGAGCCAUUUCCGACUUCUGUGCUCAACGCUACCUCUCCUGGGGUGACCCUCCCCUAUUCAGCGAUGCCUACGAGCUAGCCUCUUCCCUCUGGCUACGCACAGGCUUUCGCUACCUAUCACAGCCCAUCUUCACGCCUUACCGCUUUGCUACGCAUGAGGUUACCGACGCAACAAAGGAGGUGGCACUCCGCCGUGGCCAGGAGGUACCAGAGGGGGAUAAGAUGAAGAGGUACAGGACCGUACCUAUGGUCAGGUGGAGCUUGGCUGAUCGGGAUGCCGGAGAUAGGAUGGCCCCGAGUACCGAGAAGAGGGAGGGACAGCGGGCUAGGUUGUGAUUGGCUGGCCAUCACAUCGCACCGUCGUGUCGCGCAUCAUCAACAACAACAACAUCACUGUACCCGCUCCUGCAAGUCGCAUCGCAUCCAGCAUCACGUUUAAUGUCCCAUCAGAGGUUUUCAUCAACUCCAAAUCGCGUCCCCGUCGCUCGUCGCGUCGCUCAAUCGAUCAAUGCGAGUGAGGCUGCCAAUCUAUAUCGUCGCU